AUGAAGAGAACUGUAAGAUCUAUUUCUCAAAAUUAACCUAGAUGUCAUAAUGUAUCUUUCGAUUAGGAAGAUUAAGAAUUUCUAUACUAAAGGGAAAACUAAUUCAUUCCUUAAAAAUAUAAAACUAAUCAAGCUACAGCUGAUCGUAGAAGCAAUUCUUAGUAGUAGUAAUAUCAUCAUCCAAUGCGUACUUCUUCAUAAGGAGAGUUUUCUUUGGGAGAUAGAAGCCAUCUUUAAUAUAUUUAAGAAACAAAGCCUAGCAAGGACUCAAAUAAAACUAAUUAACAUUUAAAAUUUGAAAAAGGGAAACUUAUCAAGUAAGUUGAAGGUAAUUAGCACAUAAAAGGUUUUGACUUGAAUAACUUAAAGCAAUAUACUGAUUAAUUGAGAUAAUAAAGAUAACUACCUGCGGUAUAAAAGUCAUAUGAUAGCUCUAAUUCUAAUUAGCAUUAAAUUAUAGAAAAGUUUGUCGAUAAAAAAGAUUCCAUAAUCAAAAAUGUUAACAAAAAGAUUGGUCCAGAUUCAUAUAAAAAGUAUUCAAAUAUUGACUAGUUACUUAGCAUUCUCAAUAAAACUCAAAAAGAGAAAGACUUAGAAGUGAAUGCCUCUGCGGCUUAAAAUCAAAGAAUUAAGCUUGCUAAAAUAAAUAAAAAUGUAAAUGAUAAAUCUUUUUCUAAUAGCGAUUAAAAAGGUUAAAAUAGAUUGGAUGAUACUCAAUACCAAAGUCCUUCUAGGGCUGUAAAAACAGAAUCUUACGAUUAUGAUUACGAACAAGGGUCAUAUCCAAGAUAUUCUAGUAAAUAAAUAGAUGAUAGUAAGAUUUCUCCUGUUAAAUUUUAACAUCAUUAAGGAUCUGCGAGUCCUACAGAUUAAUGCUGCCCAGCUAAAGCACAGAAUAAUAAAUUAGAUACCAAGCUCAAGCAAUUUAUGAAUCAAUAUGAUGAAUACUACAAGCAUAUAAAGGGUGAAUGUCUAUGUUAUAGAUGUAUUUGUGGAGGAUGCAGAUGUGAUGCUAAAGAACCUAAAUUAGAUAAGCCUAUGAAAUAAAAUAAAACUAACUAUGAGCUAAAUUAUUACAAAAAACCCACAAACACUGAUAAUCUUCGCUUUGAUAUGAACAAUUACAAUAAUGAAGUCAUCCCUAAAGAUCCUAAGUUCACUGGUAAUACAACACAAAAAAUUGAUUAUUAGAAUCCUGGACAAAUAGAAUAAACAGGUAAAAUUGUACCUAAAGAUAAUAUAAUACAAGGUCCUCCAAUUUAAUGGGUAACUUCAUACAACAGAAAUUUUAUCAACUUUGGAAACGUCCCUACAUUCAAUCAGCAAAAAGGUCAGGAUAGAACUACUUCUGAUAAAAUGAAAUUUAUAGAUGGAACCACUUAUGACCGCUUCUACAAUAAAAAAGAUAAUUCACCUCAAUAAAAAUUUGAUGCUUUUAUACCUUAAAGCUCGUUAGAUUAUGCACUAAAAAAUCCUAAGCCAUUUAUUGGAGAUACAACUCAUAAUCAUUUCUAUAAACCUCACAAGAUAGACGGUGUUUAGAAAAAAUGGGACUAAAAUGACCAUCUACUCACAGGUGUUCCCUCACACCUUGGCUAAUAUGAUACAAAUCACAAUAAAGAAUAUGGUGAGAAGAAUAGAAUUUGUCCUGCUAAAAUAGAAAAGUAAGAGUUAUUAAGGACUAAAAGAGAAUAAGAAAAAUAGAACCUUUAUAAUUCAUAAAAAGAGCUAGUUAUAAAUAAUACUGGUUAUGGAAAUAUGUCAGUUGAUUUUAAAUGA